AUGUCUGAAGACUGCUGUGCUCUUAAUGCUGACAGCUCCCUCAAGGAUGCUUCCGAUAUCACCUUCUUCAAUGAUCCUGACGACGAAGUACCAUUGCCCCAGGUCCCACCUUCCGCCCAGCCAUCAUCUUCAACUACAUCCACAAAAGAUGCCUUUUCCGUUCUGCUCAAGGCUGGACACACCCCAGCAACAGUCACAGCUGGUUCUUGGCGCUCUGGCCAGCCCUCAAAACCAUCAGCUUGUAUUCAUGAUGCUGACAAUGCCUGUGGGCUGUCUUCGUUUUUGGGCACAAGGAAGCGUGCUUUAUCAAGCGCUACGGACCAUCCAGCACCUAAGAAAGUUGCAGUCGCCAUGCGAAUCCUAUCUCCUCUUGACUCUGAAGAUGAAGAUAUACCUUCUAUGCCUGAUCUAGGAGAGUCAUCUGCUGAUGAGCUGAUCCCCCAACCAGAGGACGACGAUGAAGCCGAUGAAACUAAGUCCGAGAAUGGGGGCGCCACUUUGACUCUUUCAAAAAGCGAACGUAUGGUGGACAUUAGGACUAUAUUUACCCACUUACCUGAUGGGUGGGUCUGUACCUUGUGCAAGGAUGCUGGUGAACCAGUACAGAAUCACACAUUUCGCGGAGGCACUUCGACACUGCGCACACACAUUGUCCAUCACAAAAAGUCCCAUUUUCAAGUCUACAAGGAGCGUUGA